CUGCUCCCCGUUCUAGAUGAUGCAACUUCUCGCAACGACCAACUGUUUAAUUGGGGCUGCUGCUUUGUUCGUUUCUCUUUGCACCUGCCCCUCUUUGCUGACCCUGCUACGGGCAACGGGAAAACCAAGAAGAGAAAAAAAAAAGGGAAGGGUGAUCCAUGGCGGGGAGGUCGAGGUACAACGACAACCCUUUCGAGGAGGGCGGCGCCGAGGAGGUCAAUCCUUUCGCGGACAAAGCUACUAGAGGAGCACCAGCUGUUCAAUCCAAUUAUUCCGGAGGUUCAUUCUACACAACACAAUCACGUCCUACUCCUCCCAGCACCCGUCUUUCGCCUCUUCCUCCAGAGCCAGCCGACUUUUACAAUGAUUUCGCUACCCCUGUGGACAUUCCAAUUGACACAAACAAGGACAUGAAGACAAGGGAGAAGGAGCUUCUUGCCAAGGAGGCUGAGUUAAGCAGGCGAGAGAAGGAAAUCAAAAGGAGGGAAGAGGCUGCAGCACGAGCUGGCAUCGUCAUAGAAGAGAAAAACUGGCCUCCGUUUUUCCCCAUCAUUCAUCAUGAUAUCAACAAUGAGAUACCUGUGCACCUUCAGAGAACACAGUAUGUCGCCUUCGCGUCGCUUUUAGGGUUGAUCCUGUGCCUGUUUUGGAACAUCGUCUGUGUUACUGCUGCUUGGAUUAAAGGGGAUGGUCCCAAGAUCUGGUUCCUUGCGGUCAUCUACUUUAUUCUUGGUUGCCCAGGUGCCUACUACCUGUGGUACCGACCACUUUACCGUGCCAUGAGGAAUGAUAGUGCUCUGAAGUUUGGAUGGUUCUUCCUGUUCUAUUUGGUACAUAUCGCUUUCUGCGUGUACGCAGCUGUUUCUCCAUCAAUUCUAUUCGUCGGGAAAUCGUUGACAGGGAUUUUUCCUGCGAUCAGCUUAAUAGGCAAGAGCGCUAUAGUCGGGGUGUUCUACUUUCUUGGCUUCAUAAUGUUCUGCCUCGAGUCAUUGCUAAGCAUGUGGGUCAUUCAGCGUGUGUAUCACUACUUCCGAGGAAGCGGGAAAGAAGCACAGAUGAAGCGUGAGGCAGCACGCAGUGCGGCAAGGGCAGCAUUUUGAUACUGUAAAAAUGUGUCGUGCCUGUAUAUAUUGUUCAUAUUGUAUACCAAUUCACAGUUUAAUCUACAGAGGACUAUUAAAUUGAGGUUCUAAAAACAAGGCUUGUAAAUUGAGAGACAUGUAGGAUUGCAGUUGUCCUAUUAAAAAUUUCUUCUUUAUUUUCAGAUAAUUGCUAAAAAAUGAUUUUAGGCUA